AGAAUGGCGGCGGCGACGACGGACGCCCGGCACGAAUUCGUCACUGCUAGCCUCGGUUUGGUGCACCUGCGAUCCGUUCCGGUGGUGAAAAAUGAAGCUGGCGGCCAAGACGGAUAUGGCAAAGUGUCCAGCAGCAGGAGGAAAAGGAAGCCGCGCUGCUAUCGCGCCCUCUCCGGCGUCAGUUUUCAGAACUCUGUCGAUGUCGUUGGCGAUGCCGCGAGCUGCGCAGCCGGAACGAACAGAAGCAACCGAAGCAAUAACAGUUACGACGAGACCUAUUGCUGGGAAAUGGAUCGCGAUCAAUCGUCUUAUUGCUGGACGGAUCAGCAGCGAAUAGCUCCCGGUCCGGCCACGACAUCGACGUCUCCGGCCGGCACGGUGCGCGUCACGUUUGUCCACCGAACGGUGACGGACUAUUCGAAUCGAGUGGCCACCUCUGACGAAGAUGAAGAAGCUUUACAAGUGGAGGGAGAAGAAGAAGAAGAAGAAGAAGAAGAUUCGGCCGAUGAAGAUUACGAUCAAUCGUCUGCUUCGGUCAGCGUGACCGGCAGCUAUCACCACCACCAUCAUCAUCAGGCCGCCACCACAAUGGCAACGUCGCAGCAGGUGGAUGCUGGCGAUGCGGACGGUCAAGAGCACAUUUACGACACUCCAUGUUCGGCUGAAGAGCUUUACCAUUCUGACCUGUUGUCUGAUUCGGAUUUGUCCGGCCUGGAUUUAUCCAUAUUCGAGCCAGGCAGUAGUCCAACAACGGCCAUUGGUGGUCGUGAUGAAAAGCGGGGAUGCAUGGCUAGCGCCGGUGCGGGUCAGCUAACGGACAAGAAAGGCAGAAAGGCUUUCAUCUACCGACCCCCGCGGCCUCAACGGCAUCUCAGUCGCGGGAAAACGUUCCGCGAACGGCUGGCCAAACCCCUCCAGAAAUUCUUUCACGUUCCAGCACCGCCCGCCGUCGAUUACGACGAGUGCGACCACCAAUCGGGACGUAAUAGUUCGGCCGAUACAACACCACCGACAAUCGUUACCGACCUCGAUACAGAACUAUCAGCAGAUAAGGAAGUGGCGCUUGGUCAUCAUCCCAGCAACAAGUUGACGACCAAGAAUGGCGACAAAGCACCGCUGGUUUCAUGGGAGCCGUAUUUCUGUGUCCUACUCCAAGACGAACAGACCUUUACGGCCUACCGCAGCGAAGAAAUGGCUGUCUGUCCAGGUUUCGUAAUAAAACGCUCAGAGAAACGCCCUCAGGUGGGAGAUAUGGUCUUCUCUGAUACGCCUCGAGUUCGUCUGGAUAGCGGCGGGCGUCAAUUUCGACGCCGUUGGGGAUACGACGGUUCGGCCGCCGGAUGCGGCGGAGGCGCGGGCCCCGGAAGUCUGAACGGAGGCGCCGGUCACUUGGAAGACAUCGAAGAAGACGGCGACGAUAUCAGCGACACCUAUUCGCUGCGCGAUGAAACUCUAUACAACUCGAUUCUCCACGAAGAUACAUCGUACGAAAAGGCUUGCGGAGAACGUCGCGGGAGCGCUCCAGUGACGCCCGUCUUGCCGACGGCCAAUCCGGCCAAUAACGCGAGCAGCCACGGGUUCGGCCCACGUAACAGCAUGGAUUCUUCCUCGACUCCAUCACGCUUUGCUAAUUUCUUUUCGAAGCGAUCGUUCAAGUCGAACCCAUUGAAACGCACGAAAAGCGUCACCAAACUGGAACGAAAACGGGCCGUUCUCGACGUCAAUCCAGUGGGUUUGUCACGACUGAGGACGUCACGCUCACACGAGUCGUUGCUGUGCGGGCCUGGCGGUAUCGGUGGCUCGUCACCCCAGAACGCUGUCCAGACGGUGGAUCUGUCAUCGUCCGAAUCGGGUGAUAUCGGCGUCAAGCAGCUCCACCAGUCCGUGCUCGGCGAGGAACAUUGCCUGCAAAUCACAAGGCCAUCCGGCAACGUCUACAUCGCCUGCUCCAACGCUGAGGAGCGUGAUCGAUGGCGCAAUUGUUUAAAGAAGACGAUUCAACCUGUUCAGGAACACGUUCGAAGGACUGACAAUUCACUCAAGAUCUGGAUUCUAGAAGCCAAGGGAGUUGCCAACAAGAAAUGGUAUGCAUUGAAUGAAGUUGAAUCAUUUUUUUUUGGGGGGGGGGGGGGGGGGGGGGGGGGGGGGGGGGGGGGGGGGGGGGGGGGGGGGGGGGGGGGGGGGGGGGGGGGGGGGGGGGGGGGGGGGGGGGGGGGGGGGGGGGGGGGGGGCUGCGAAGUGAUCGGCGGCAUCGUCGAACACGCAGCUGACAGAGAUUGCGAAGUCGAUCCGUUGAAGGUCACAUCGCCGGCCAUGCUGGCCAAACAGCAGGCUCAUUUGCGUGCCGUUGUCGAAUCGUCAUGGAGGUGCAUCCUCAAUUCCACUCCUUACUUCCCUGCGGAAUUGCAAGAGUGUUUCUAUACUUACCGCCAACGUUUGGCCGGAUUUGGCCGUGAAGAAGUCGCCGAUCAUCUCAUUUCUGCAUCAAUCUUCUUACGUUUCCUUUGCCCGGCCAUUCUUUCGCCUAGCUUGUUCGGCAUCACGCGAGAAUAUCCGAGCGAUAAAGCUGCCCGCAACUUGACGCUAAUCGCUAAAACCCUGCAGACGUUGGCAAACUUUACACGUUUCCAGGGUAAAGAGAACUUUAUGGAAUUCAUGAACGAUUUCUUGGAGAAGGAAGCGUCGACAAUGAAGCAGUACCUGAAGGAGAUCUCCAGCCCCCUUUCCAAAGAUCAGUGCUAUUCAAAGUUCGACGAUUAUAUCGACGUUUGCAAGAACCUCAGCAUCUUGCACACGCUCCUCACCGAGAGUUUGUCCAAAGUGGCGCCGCUGAGUCAGCGAAUGGAGCGGCUCCAGCGCAUCCUCGACGGUAUUUCGUCCCAUUUGUCUCAGCCCGUUACCAGCAUGCCGCCGUAUUCUCGCCAGACGAGUAUGCCCGUCCCUUCGGCCAGCGUCGUUACGGUCAACGGACAUCGUAAUUGCAACAAGAUGGUUGACGUGGAACGGCCUGGAUUUCAGAGCCUGCAGCGCAACGUUUUCCGUUUCAAUGACCCGACUGUCACGUCGGUGACGGUGUCCGGCAGUGCCAGCACCAACGGCCACCAUUCGCAGCAUUCUGGAGCCGAUGGAAGCACGUCGCCGAAGGCUUCAACCCUUCCGCGAAAUGCACAUCUCAUGACGCCACCUGUCACCACGGGCAUGAACGGCAAUCUGUCUGCACCCGGACGUAGGACGGCCAUUGAUUUGACGACGAGCGAUGAUUACGUCAUGUUCAGCGCGCUCAACCAAUCGGCCGACCAAUCUGGAGGGCCUUCGAGUGCCCUGAAUACGCAGCAGCAGCAGCAACAACAGCGUCAGACGAACGGCCACUACGUCAGCACUGGCGCCACCUCUUUCAAUGUCAAAAACGGGUCGGCCAAGUACGAACGGGUCCUGGGGCUUGGUCCCAACAAGCAAGCCGUCGCCGCCGCCUCGGCCAAUGCUAAUCUAGACGAGUUUAUCGAUUCACUUCAGUACGUGGACGAGAGCCCGGAUGGCCAUUCCGGCGGAGAGGGAGACAAUAACACUCAGGGUAGUCAAGUGUCCAUUUCGCAGCUGUCCACUGUGGCCAGCUCUGGUUAUCAGAGCUUCGCCUACAGUCAGAGCUCCAGUCCGGUUGAUCCAACCAUCAGCAACGGACAGGAUCCAGCGUCCAACAAUAUGAACGGGCACAGGUCGACGUCAAGUGGCAGUUUCCGCAAGGCCAGCGCCGCGUCCCCGACGAUCACGACGGCCAACAACAACGUUAACGAACACUCGGCCGCCAUCGCCUUCACCAACCCCGUCUACAAUUUGAGGAAUAAACCCACCACUCCGCAGCCCCGAGGCUAUUCGUCCGCUUACGGCUACGACAUGAAUCGGACGCCCAGCUGCGAGGACGUCCACCAGACGGUAAUGAAUGCACCCCGGGUCACGCUCAUUUCGAAUGGGGGCGGAUGCGGUAGCAGCCCCAACAAUAACAGCCUCAGCAGUGGGACGAUGUCUCGAACGAGGAUCUCCAGUUCUUCGUCGGAUUCGACUUCGUGUCUGACUACGCCCCCGCACGAGAGGCGCUUGUUUAUAUCGACGGCCCCUCGCACCAACCCGCGAUGCAUUUACCCUUCGCCCGUCCCUGCGCAGCAUCAAGUGUCGCCCGUCGAGGGCAAUAACGGCGGCGACUACGUGGCCAUCCGUCGUAAAGGCCGCAAAUCCAGCGUCACCAGUACGCAAAAUUCACGAAGCCGCAUCUACGAUUCAUCUUCAUCCGAUAGCGAUUACGAUCAAUUGCCGUCGAACAGGUUCCGCGAUCGUAACGUGAAACGAGGCUCUAGGAUCGCCUUGGAUCGAUUCUCCAAUCCCAAAUCUCUAGACGAGUACGAGAAAGAGAUAAUGGAUUUACGCAACGCGAUGGAAUCUCUGCAGUCUCGUCUGAGCCGAGCUGAACAGCUGUAUUUGCAAGGAGCCAUGCAGGCGGCCCUGGCCGUGAAGGAACGCGAGCUAGAAGAGAAGCGUCGCGAUAACGAAUCGCGUUCUAGUUUAUCUUCGUCGAGGUAUACACCGUCGCCGAUAAUGGAAGGCCAAGCGUUGGACGAAGUUAAGGACAACGGUCAGCUAAAAUCGAUGAUUACGCGACUCGUUUCGCUCGAGGAGGAACUUCACCGCGAGAAACGCAAAAUGGCCGACAAGCAGAAAGUGAUUGAGGCUCAGGUGCAGACCAUCCAAGCGCUGGAUGCGGCCAACAAUCGCCUGCUCUCGGCCCUGGCCCAGCUGCGCAAUUACCAACCGAUCGAAGCGACGGAUGAGGAUGAACGGAACCUCAUGUCCUUUGCCCGCAAUUCCUUGCCUGAGCCCGACUACGGCGGAUCAGGGUCCUUGUCUUUGGCAAGACGGAUACUGGCCGACCUGGGCGAAGUUCAGAGCAGUUCUUGUUGAUCGAGAACAUUAACAAACUGUUCAACGUUUUUUUUUUUUCUUUCCUUUCGUAUUAAUAUCACUAUUUAUAGAUAUCAAAGAAAAAAAAAACAACAAAAAUUACCCUAUAUAUAUUCAUCAGGUUUUUUUUUUUUUGAAAUAUUGAUUUCAUUCUGUUUGCAUGUUUAUUUCUCGCUUUAAUUUGACGUUUUAUUAAUGUCCAGCUCCAUUCGAAGUGUGAAUCAGUUCAUAUAUCGAUUGGAAAGCGGUGACGUAUAAAGAAAUUAACAUGUUGAUGAAACCAUGGCUCCACUAUCAUGUUAGUUUGCAUAUGGAACGCGAACGUUUCAGUUUACCAAAGACGGUGAAUGCCCUAGUUCAAACAUAUUCUCGUGACCCUUUCUUUCACCCGCCCCACAAACCUCGUUUAUCUUUUUUUAUUUUAUCGUACACUCGGUAGAGUUGCAAUCUUUAUGUGUUGUGUUUGUUGGACACAAUCUCUAUUCAAUCUCUUUAUACGCAACGCUUGAUCACUCGCCAUGUAUCAAAAAACAAAAUUACGACAGUUAAAUUUCCUCUCUUCUUCUGUCUUCUUUUUUUUUUCAAAUGUGUAUGUGUUUCCUCUCCUUUUUUUUUGUGUUAAUUCAGAAAACUUUAAACCCAAUAAUUUACACAGAAUCCCAUUCGAAAAAAAAAAGAAUUUUCCUGAAACUGGUCUAUCCAGGAUUUACAUUCGCUGUUUGUGUUUCGUGUAUAUGUGUUUGUGACAGUAUGUUUGUACAAAAUGUCAUGUGAAACUUGAAUGACCGAAGAUAAUUAUUUGCGAUCCACAUCGAAAUAAUUAUCUUCGUGUUUCUCAAUUCACGUGACCCUCCGGUAUAUAGUUAUCUUUUCACAUUCGAUAUAAAUAAUAUAGCAUUUAAUCGUUUUGAUGGAUAACAGGAAAAAAAAAAACAUUGUGUGUUGUAUAAUCUUAUGAAUACGAUAUGGAAAACCUAAAUAAAAUACUGCGUUCAAUAUA